GUAGGUCAUCCAGUUGAUUGCAUUGAACCUGCUACUUAAAGUUAUUUUCGCUCCAGUUACAUGCAGCUUUCUCCGUUUUCAAUCAACAAUUUCUUUAUAAUUUUGCGACAGAUAACAUCAACUUCAGCUCAUAACAACAGUAAUGCAUUUACAAAUUUCAUUCACUCGAGAUUUCAUGAGGUCAAGUCCGCAAAACCGGAGCUAUCAAAUUUUGAUGUGAUCAAAAAGUUAGCACAGUUGUACAAAACACUUCCAGUUCAAGAGAUAGAAAAGUUAAAAUUAGAAGCGAAAGAACAUCAAUCUCAUGUCAAAAAGGCGACCAAGUUUGCUUAUCGUAAUGGAAUGCCAAGAAGUCCACCAAACUCUGGACUCAAAGUUUUCAUGAGAGAAAAACUAAAGGACUCUAAGGGUACACCAGUGUCUCAAAUGCGAAAUGACUUUAAAGAUACCGUAAAACAAUGGAUGUCGCUGCCUGAAUCUGAUCAACUGGAAUAUAAUAAUAUUGCAAAAGAUUUAAAAAAUGAUUAUGAAAUUAAACUUAAAGAAUGGGCUACAAAAAAUAAUAUUCAAUAUACAAAACGUAUAUCAAUACUGGCUGAUAGAUUCUAUAGAGCAUAUUAUCCAAAAUAAAUAAAAAAAAAUCUAUUCAUUAUUAAUGAAGACAAAGAUGAAUGAGAUUAUUAGAAAAUGUAAUACAUGUACUACUUCCACUAGUGUUUUGCGUUUUUUUUUUUUGGUUUUAAAUUCUGGAAAACUGAAAAAAAAAAGAAAAACGGUAGUAACCAGUUUUUGUGGAAAUUAUUAUUGUCAUUUAUAUAUCUGUUUAUUGAAUCUUUUAGUAUUCUGUAGUCUAUUUCUUAUUACUCGUCUAUUUCAAGAAUACUUUCUUUUUCGUUUUUUGUUUCGUAUUGUUACUCGUUAGACUGUUUUCUUUUCUCUUUUUUUUGUUUUUGUUAAGCUACUAAAUGGUGUUAAAAAAAUUUCUGUAUUCAUCUGUCAUAAAUAUGUAAUAACUAAUUAUUGGUUUGCUUGUUAGUGGUAGUAGGUUGGAAGAAAGCUAGGGGCGGCCAGACCAAAACAUAGCACAAAUCUAUGAAGUCACUGACAAGUGGAUUGAGCCAUGUUGGUAGGUAUAUUGACGAUAGCAACCAAUGGUUAGAGAUCUUGAAUGACAUAGCUCAAAAUCGUUUGCAAUGGCGCAGAGGUAUUCACUCUCUGUGUUCUCUCAAACUCUAAUCUUCUGAAUUCUUCAUGUCCUUUAUUUUCUUUCCAAAUCUAUUCCACUGGAUUAUACUCCUUAAAUAACAUAAUCAAACCCUAAUGUUCCCUAUCACUACUUAUACUUUCACUACCUCUACCACUAUGAAUACAGUGGUCUUGAGUGCUGUUAGAGGUAUGAGGGCGGUUAUCACUUCCCGGUUGCCCACACCGUGGAAGGGUUCUUCUGGAGGUACCUGAAAAGGAAAUUGGAUUAGAGUUGGUCAUAGUGACCUGAGAGCGUGACCGCAGUGCCCAAGGGGGACAGCUGCUUGAGGUCGGUCACACACGACCUUUUUAUGAGUGAUUUUCGUGUUAGCUCCGUACUUGUUGAGUCCUUAACGCCGGAGACGGAUAUCCGUGGGAUAAGGCGAGGUGUGCAUUUUUAGGGUCGACCUUUUCUAACCCCACCCCCUCCUUGUGGGAAGGCAGCAUCGCUGUCAUGCUGGUUGUCUGAAGGAAACACCUUACUGCUGUCACACCUCUGUACAGUCAGCAGUACGACUUCGCCUUCGGACCUUGGUUUUGUUGCUUUUAGUCUUACCGCUCUUCAACCGACCUGUCUGGCAUGGUAGGACCUUGAGGAACGGUUGUUCCAGCCAGUAUAGCUCAGUUGCUUCAUCACGAUAGGCAAGCCCGACCACCACGUCAAGGUAGCAACAACGGUCAGGUCUACCACUAUGGGAUUUGAAUCGAUAACUGAAUCUCUGUGCUAAUGUCGUAUGGCGAUUCGAACUGAUGUACGUACGUACGAAGUUCCACGUCGUUACUCACUGACUGUUAGUGGUGGUUGUGUUUGAAUACUAACUCCGUUUAAGGGAUUCGAUGUGAAUAGGUUUAUAUCGUUUGUCUGUUGUACUAGAGUUCUAGAUUAAGACUUGUAACAUUUAUAGGUUAUAAUUGUUAUAACUUGUGACCGCCAAUCAGAAGCAGUGAAUUAUCGAUCGGACCAAGGACGCGUAAAAUACGUGUGAGAGCAGCCUAGAGUCCUGACUGAUCCUGCUUUCCGCCUAGCCCAGCCAGUUAAAGUCCAGAACACCAAUCUAAGCCACUGCAAUAUGAAUCAUUUAUUUCAAAUAUACUCGGUUUAUAUACCAAUCAAACAGACCACAACGUACCAUAAAAUAGAAAAUAACAUUUGUACAAAAUUUGGCCAAAUGUGGCUGUGAAUGAGGGAGGUAGUGAUUAAUAAACAUGGAAUAAUUCAAGAAUGGUUAAACGUAUAAUAAUGGUUCAUAGGUCAAAAUAAAGCUUAUAAUAAGGGGAAUAUGAAUAGUUUAGUCAUUUAAUAAUUAUACAAUAAAAAUAUGCGUUUAGUAUUGGCCCUUAAAUGAAUCCCAAAGUUACCAUUCAUUAUGCUUAUCGGGAUCUAACAAUAGUAUAGAAAGUAGAGAUGCCAGUUAUUUCACAAUACAACAGAUAUCUAAUUCCUAUUAUUUAUUUAUUUAAAUACGUAAAGAUAGGUGUAAGAGGUCACCAACAUAUGUUUGCUAUACACAAUAAAGAUGAGGUUUUUAGGAAAUAGAGUAUUAAUAAUAAUGGGAGUAGCACUUUAGUUAAGAAAACUACAACCACAAAGGAUUCUUUCAGUUAAAGAAGUUUCUCUCACUUAUGUGAAGCAUGUAAAAGAAAGUUACGGUAGGUCCACCAUUGGCUUCUAUUCUCAGUCAUAUCUAAUUACGUUAGAAGUCAUUAAGUUGGAACUUCUCUACGACUCCGACCAACAGAUACCAAUCCUGUCCAGCUUUCUUUCAUUCCACAACAUGUCAUACACCAACCACCUCUUCGCUUUUUUCAACCAGUCCCAGUGUCGGACCUUGAUUCCUAAUUGUUUGAUUGUGGAUUGCAUGACAUGAGUAUCGUUAUACAUAAAUGUAUCAUCCGCAUACUCAUGGUCAACAGACAAUCCCAGAGCAGUCAUGCGCUUAUUACGAUAAAUAAAUUAUCAUAUGUUGGAGUUCUAUAUUUUACUCAGGUUUUAAAAUGUUUUAUAAAUCAAAAACGGUUUUAAUUUCACGUUAAUGAAAUGGGUAAUCCGUCAGGUAUUACACUUUGGAGAAAUAGUUGAAGUUGAGACUUUUAUGAUUUGUGAUAUCACAUCAUAAUGAAGAUAUCUUUAUCCUAAUUCACAAUAGGAAACUUCAAUAUUAUAAGCAUAACUGAAUUUUAGCAAACUUGUACAUCAACAAUAAUAAAUUGUUUGAAUUAACGGAAUAUGAAAAAAAACAUGUCUAGUGGUUAAGCGCUCGCGCGCGAGACUGAUAGGUCCUGGGUUUGAAUCUCGCGGGAGGGCGGGAUCGUGGAUGAGCACUGCUGAGGAGUCCCACAAGAGGACGAAACGACCGUCGACUACUUCCAGUUUCUCCGCGGUGGUCUAGCUCCAAUUAACUCAUGAUCUCAACUAUAAUAUCCACAAAAACCCUUCUGAUAUAAAUAAAAUAGCUAACGGAUAUGUUAGAAAUAACACUC